CUCUUUUUUCAGUAUACGACGCUCUGCGUCAAUCCGCGAGGCGCGAACGCAAAGCCACAAGCGAUCAGCAAAGUUGCUGAUCCGAGGAUCCGAGUGCAGCUCGUGCCGCGCAAACGUCACGUUGGUGACGUUAGUGACGUUUCGCGUUAUGGCGUUCGAGAUAUUUUAUUGGCUAAAGGCCGAGCCAAAGCAGAAGUCGAUGGCCGAUGCACCAAGCACGGUUAUAAUCGGGUAAUCACGGGUAUGGGGGGGGGGGGGGGGGGGGAGACUGGAAUUUUUUCAUUGUCAAUUUCUAAUAUUCUGCGUGCUCUUAAUCUGAAUAUGCACUUGAUUCAACGGAUGCAUUUCGAUUGUUAGAUCGUAGUGUACCGAAUAAACUGACAAUUUUUGUUCAACUAUCUUGAACAAUUUAGUAAUAAUACAAUUAUACGGAGGGAAGAAAUUUUGUACUCUUAUUUGCUCGUAAAUAUUAAUCCAAUGACGCACAUGCGUGCACACGCAUGUAAUUGACAAGUACCUUACAUCAACGAUUUUGAAAAUGGAGCAGGAUAUCAAAGCUAAAAUCGACCUUGCCUGCAGAACGGCUGAAGAAUUUACAAAAUUGUAUUACGAAAGCGUUGACAAACGAAGAUACAUGAUAUCACGAUUAUACCUCGACACAGGAAUAUUAAUUUGGAACGGUAAUGGUAUCGAAGGUAAAGAUAACAUACAAAAGUUUUGGAUAGAUCUGCCUGCCUCGGACCAUUCAAUCACAACUCUUGAUGCACAACCCAUCACUGGUCCGGUUGUGGCGAAUCAACUAACAUUUCUGGUAAAAGUUAGUGGUCAAGUCAAGUACCACGAAAAACCUUCAAAACCAUUCAAUCAGAAUUUCCUCAUCACGGCGGUGGGAGAUAAAUGGAAAAUUGUUAGCGAUUGCUUCAGAGCGCAAGAAGCCCUAGACAGUACUGCGUAGAAGUAUGACAUAGUAUUUUGAUCGAUCACUGAUAUUAAAUGGUGCUCGAAGAUAUUUCUGCAAGAAAGCACAUUGAAUAAUAAACUCUGAUAAUUGUCUGUCCAUGAUUUAUUUUUGCUACCAAUAAAGUUAAAGAAUCUUA